GCGGCCAGAGCGAGUGACGGCGUACGUCGCGAUCGAACGUCCUCGUUAACGCCGCGUUCGUGUCGCGGUCUCUCAUCAGCCUGCUUAACCACCCUUCGGAUGUCCUCGUCGAGCGCCUUCCUCGCGCGCUCUCCUGGCCGCGCCUCUCAGCUCCCAGCGUCAUCGAUGUAACUGUACCGCGAUCGAACGGUCGGAUCGAUCGUCGUCCUCGUCACCGCUACCGCUGCUGUCUCCUUCAUAUAAAGCUAUUCUGCGAUCUCCUCAACGCUAUCAUCAACGCUGUCAUCGACGCUGUCAUCCCUGACCCUGUUGUAACAGUUUUCCCACGACUCUCGGGGUCUCUCGAUUUGACUUGACGGGGCCGUUAUGGUGACCUGAUCCUGACUCGGCAGCCAGAGUAUCUCUGAUGUUUUCCGCAGCACCUUUGCGACCCGUCGUACGUUUUUUUUCUGUGAAAAAAUGUCAAAGGAUUAUCCUGCGGCAACGAAAUCGAGCGCUUCUGUCGAUGCGCGCCUCCUAAAAAAAACGCGCUUCCCAUUACCUGUCGACAGUGUAGUUGUUCGCGAGUUGAGAUCUCGGAUUUUCUAGGGAUUUUCCAGCGAUUUUCCGCAAAUAACAUCCGAUGCGCGAGGAUGAGUGAGAUGAGUCCUUGAUUAUUAAUUUCACGCCGACGAAAAAUUGCUUCCUCCGAUUGCCGAUAUUUCCGAAGGAUGUAAACUCGCCCGCUGUCGAAAUCUUUUUGAGAAAUAGAGGAGAACAGAUAUAUCAAGAAAUGUGAAGAGAUUUAGCUGAAGGUUCUGCUGUUCUGCUAUUGAAGAACAAGGAUCUUGUAGAGGAAGAACAAAAAACAUCAAAGAGCAACAGCGAAUUCGGCAUGAUCCGUAGCGAAAAUAGAAUCCAUUUGAAAACAUUAGGCGGGGUGGCGGAGGCAUGGAAGCCGAAACUGGUCAACCGUCUCUUCAGAGGCUCUUCAGGAGCACCUUGCCAUCACCAGGAAUACCCGGAUUAGACGUCAUAAGAGCUUUACACCAAACAGUCGUGUCACUACGCUCGGCUUUGGACUCAUCACGUGAAGAGCUCCGCCGGCUGCAGGAGAGCGUCGGCAAUUUUUCCGGCGAGAACUACGUUGAUACAGUGGGCCGUCUGACCCUCGAAAAUCACGUGCUCAGACGAAGGAUUCUGAGUAGGAGCUGUGAAUUCUCGUGCGAUGCAGCGACCAGCCCUCCACUUCAAUCGAAACACGUCCGACUCAUCGUAGAAGCCCAUAUGGACCAACCGACAGAUCCUGAGAAAACCACUAUGGAUGUAUCCAAGAAGAUUGCUGAUGCUCAGAACGCUUUUAACGAACCAGCCUCUGAAGACAGCAACGUUAGCAGCAGCAACAACAAUAGCCCCGAUCCGUCUUCUCGUGCUAACCAAUUCGACAAGUUUCAAGAUUCAUCAAAAUCUUCUAAAACUACAGCUGCUAGAAGCACAGCCAGUACCAAAAUUACUGAGACGGCGUCCACGAUGCUGAACGUUUCCCAAAAUGAGAAUCACAAAUCCCCGACUUUGACAACAAAUGUGGCUAGCAACGAGGAAGAGUCCCGAGUAGAAAUUUCAGGCGAUGGCCCAGCUAAUAUGGAUCAUUUAGACAUUCCUGAGAGGGAUCCCGAAGACUUGAGUUUGAAAUCCAUCUCCGAUGGCGAUAACUCAGUGUUCAGCGAUCACGUAGAUCAAUCUCAGAUGUCACGACAGGGUCAACCGGCUGAUUCGCCGAGGCCGAACGAACACUCGGAGAAUGAGUCCGAAGAACUGGACGACAUCGAAUUGAUAUUCACGACAGACGAGAUAUGUCGUGAUCUCGGCUUGCAGGAGGACUUGGUGUCUAUCACCGAGACGGAGACCUGGCAGCAUGCAGGCACUGGCGGCCAGCCUAUUUUACUCAAGUACAUAAAGACGGAGGGUGAAUCGUUGGUCUGCAAUGGUGAGAAGAACAGCUCUGUCGAGGAAGCCGUCUCCUCGCAAAGCUCUAGCAUCGACCGCGAGGAGAGUGUUGACAGGUUCGACGAGAGUUCCAGUACCAGGCUCAACAAGAUGUGGUCGCAGUGCUCCGUCUUGGUUGAGACUGACAUUAGCAAAUGCGGUGUAUUGGAGGACGCUGAAAACGCGGGGGGAUCAUCCCUGCGACAUGUCACAAGGAGAAACACUCUGGCUGCACCGCCGACAGCUUACAGACCCAUUAUUCAUCGAGAAGCUCUGGCUAGUAGUCGGAGAAAGGGCUCUGUUCCAUUGCGGCCAGUGAUGGAUCGUAGCAGUGGUGCCCGAAGAGAAUCUGGUGCCCAGACGGAUAUCUCUGCGCUUCCGGCACAAUGGCGAUCCGAGAGCUACCUCGCGCACAAGGUCGCGCAUACUUUUACGACGUUACCGAGCAAGUUUGCGCUACCAACGGGAGUGCCUGGCCGACUGAGAUUGUCGGACAAAACUCGAGAAGCUAGGAGAGUGAUGUUGUCGGACAUCAGUUUCACUAGCAUGGUGCCAGAAUUAUCAAGGAGCGCUGAUCACCUGUGCCAUGAGCCACACGCGCAGACGUGUUUUAGUUCGCGCGGCUGUGGUCUCCGUACACCGGAAGCCCAUAGACGCGAGUCCCUGGGCUCUCCUGCGGGUUACUGGCCUCGUUGCAAUCCCACCACGGGUCUGCCAAGUCCCUGCGACUGUCGGUUAUCAACCGAUCUGUAUCCUUCGCGAUAUCGUGGUUCUUUGACGUCGAUACCGUCACCCAAUCUCGAAGUCGUCGGCGGCCCUCCGCGGAGACAUUCCUGGAGAGCGACGGCGGCAUCCUUCGAUACGUGGAGGGUCCCGAUUGCAACUUCCACACCACGACCGACAUGGUCUUCGAUGCCAUCCUCUCCAACACACGUGCAUCCUCCAUCGACUUCCUCCAAAAUUUUGAAAAAUGCACCAAAGAGAACACGCUCCAAGGUGACCUUCCAAGAGUGUCCAAUGACGCGCGGCAGUCUACCCAAUUUGCGUUCAGACUCAGUCGGCGGUGAAAAUAGCGGAGACUCUACCGAAUCAUUGAUCGAUGAGGCCGAGGAUUAUCUGCGACGAAGCAUCGAUUCUAUGCUGACAAUAUCGAGUGUCAGUACGGAUUAUUGGAGCAAACAGACGGCAAGACGAAGAAGGGCGCGAAGGCAUUCGGAGCCAGACUUGAUUCGUGAUUGGCAUCCUCCUCAGGACGCCAGGCCAUAUUUGCCAAAGAUACCAAGAGAUCUCAAACUGGAUCACCUCGUGAAGGUGAUAUCGCCGGAGGGCAGGGUCCUCCAAGGUCGCGUGAGAUACGUAGGUCCUGUUCCAGGUCGAGAAGAUACGCAUGUGGGAGUAGAACUGCCAUAUGUCAAUGGUUCGUCCGAUGGUACUUUCCACGGCCGAAGAUUCUUCGAUUGCGAGCCGGAUCGAGCAAUCUUCGUCCCGUUCAAGAAGGUGGUGCUUGCUUGGUGCACCACUUGACCCGAAGCACCGACCGCCAUGGUCACUCCUCGUAUUCUGCUCUCCCAGUACACCAUGUAAGAAUUCGAUGAUACGCAAGUCAUACUUGUGGAUUGUCAUCUUCGAAAGCCAGCCAGUUUUUGAUUAGUGAGAUCAGCGGGAUGACUAAUCUGUGGUGGCGCGCGAUUCUAUUAUUCUACUAUUCCCAUACGGAAUCGUCGUCUAUAACCAUAUGUUUAAAGUUGUCAAAAUUUAAAAAAAGACCUUCGGACAUCAAUGUAAUAGCAAAUUCGCCAAGGUAUAUAUUAAAACUCGUUAUAAAUCGCAUCCACAUCAUUCGAUGGUUUUUUUCAAACGCAUGAGAGAAUAACGUGAUGAUCAGUAUAAUUAUAUAUGUAUAUACUAAUUGUAUAUACGUAUAUACAUACACGCAGGGUUGGGUGAGUUACUUUUAAAAAGUAACUCGUUUACCGUUACUCGUUAUUUAUUGUAAAAUUCAACUCGUUAUCGCUACUUGUUAUUCAUUGGAAAAGGUAACUUGUUAUAGUGUUGUACUUAAAAAAAUAACCAUGUUACAAUUUCCAUCACUUUUUCACCGAUUUUGAUCUUUUUUUUUUAUGAUUAAUCGCAUCAUUGUCAAACACAUUUCCUUGUGUAUGUUUCAUCUACAUGUAUUGUACGUGUACAGAGUACUUAUGAUAAAAGUAACGAUUAUACUCGUUAUCGUUUACCCAAAAAAAUGUAACUACGUUAUACCAUUACCGUUACUAACAAAAAAAAAAUACGACACCGUUAUCAAUUCGUUACUAAAAAUAACUGCAAUGGUAAUGGCGUUUAAAGUAACGCGUUACUUCUCAACCCUGCAUACACGCAUAAAAUAACAUACUAAUCAAUCAAUUCCGUUUGUGUGAUAUUGUUCGAUGUGGAUUAUCACCGCUAGCUGAAAAGAUAGUAGUGAUGAAUUCCGCUAUAACGCUCUUGCUGUAUCUGAUUUUCUAAGAAUAGAUGAAAGAGAGAGAAAUAAAGAUCAGAAAUAGGUACAUCAUUUUAUCGGUGGGAGUUCUCUCUGAAAAUGAGAACAAGUAUAACAAUGAUAAAAAAGAAAUAAUUUGGGAAUGAGGGAAUUAAAGGUUCGUGAUUGUGGAAAAUGAAGGGACAAAUAGAAUCAGCCGCCAAUUAAUUUCCAGCAGAAAUAAUCAAAAUUAAUCAAUAGUUUCUAUCGAUAACCAAGAGGCUAUGUGCAGCAAACGCUAGUGUUUCAUUUCGCAGCGUGCCACACGCCUACAUUAUGAUCACGAGUAAUCUCGACGACAAUGAUGUUUGCUUGCGAUAUUGUAACAUUAGGUUGUUAAGGGAUUGCGUUUCUCGUUCAUAAGAGAAAGGAUAAAUUUAUCAUUUUGACUACUGUAAAACUCGAUUAACUCUCAUUAAUACACACAUCGAGAAAAGUUCCGCAUCUCAUUCUAUUUUUAUGAAUUUCUCUCUUUAUAUCAAGCCGAAAGAUAAUUUUUCUCGUAUAACUUCACACCUGACAGAUUGUUUCCUCCAAUGCAUAAUAUUAUUGAUGCUAUUUCUCCGCCAGAUGAAUAAAUGUGCAAUUUAAUCGAUAUAUUAAAAAUAAGAUUACGAUAUAAAACUUUUUUUCGAUGUGCGUAUUUUGGACUGAAACGAAAAAGAAUGGGGAUAAAGACGAUCCGCGUAAAGACGGUCAUAAAUGCUAUCAAAUUUGUUAUCAACUUAUAUCUUCGCGCGUUGCUUACGAGCUUUCGACGAACAAAUGUUUUAGUGUACGUAUGUAUAUGUAUUUUAUGUAUAAUCUAUCUGUACAUUUUAAAAAGAGACACGCGUAUAUAAAGUGUGGGCACUACACUUGGCUGUAUAAAUACAAGUAUAAUCAUAUCCUGAGGCUGUACCUAUAUUGUUUUACCGAUGAAUCCGACUUUUUUUUUUUUUUUUUUUUUUUAUUUAUUCGAACGAUGAUGAGAACUGAUCGAUGCGUUCCAUCGCUGAAUUUUUAGAUCCGUGGAUACUUAGCUAAAUAUUAACGCAAAAACGAUGAGAUGUGUUGUCAAUCUCAAUCACUAUUUAUUGUACCGUAACAAAUACCAGAAAAUAAAAGAAAACUUGAUCACAAA